AUGAGAAAAUCAGUAAGUAAACCUCCAUCCACACAAUUAAUCGGUGAUCGACUCUUGAAGAUUUCUUACAAAGAACUCUUUCAAGCUACUGGAGGAUUUUCUUCAGCCAAUUUGAUAGGUUCCGGUGGUUUUGGCUCUGUAUAUAAAGGGAUAAUCAAUCGGGAUGAAACCAUUGUUGCAGUCAAAGUACUCAACCUUCAAAAUCCAAGAGCUUACAAGAGCUUUGUGGCUGAAUGUGAAGCAUUAAGAAACAUUCAACAUCAAAAUCUUGUCAAGAUUUUAACUUCUUAUUCAGGUUUGGAUUCAGAAGGCAAAGAUUUCAAGGCCCUUAUUUAUGAGUUCAUGCCCAAUGGAAGUCUAGAUAAUUGGUUGCAUCCGCCGAUAGAGGCACAUAAUCAGUCAAGGAAUUUAAGCCUUCUUCAAAGAUUAAGCAUCGCAAUUGAUGUUGCUUAUGCAAUGGAAUGCCUACAUUACCACUGUUAUGCACCUAUUGUUCAUUGUGACUUGAAGCCAAGCAAUGUCCUACUCGACAAUUAUAUGAUUGCACACGUCAGUGAUUUUGGUUUGGCAAGGCUACUUCUAGAACUUGACAACAAUUCAUCUGAGACUCAAACUAGUACCAUUGGGAUAAAAGGAUCUAUUGGCUAUGUUCCUCCAGAAUAUGGCAUGGGUGGAAAGGCAACUAUACAAGGGGAUGUGUUUAGCUAUGGGAUCCUUUUAUUGGAGAUGUUCACAGGAAAAAGGCCAACAGAUCAGAUGUUUAUAGAUGACUUAAGUCUCCAUAACUUUGUAAAGGCAGCAUUACCUGAACAAGUGAUGCAAAUUUUAGACUCAACACUCCUUCUCAAGGAAGAACCUGGU